AUGGCAGCCACAAGGAGAUUGCAAAAAGAACUAGCAGACAUUCGAGCAUCAGGAAUGAAAUCUUUUCGUGACAUUGUUGUGGAUGAAGCUAAUUUACUGCUAUGGACAGGAUUGAUUGUACCGGACAAUGUUCCCUACAACAAGGGUGCUUUUAGAAUAGAGAUAAAUUUCCCAGCCGAAUACCCCUUCAAACCACCAAAGAUUUCGUUUAAAACUAAAAUAUAUCAUCCAAACAUAGAUGAAAAGGGACAAGUUUGUCUACCUAUUAUAAGUGCUGAGAAUUGGAAACCGGCUACAAAAACAGAUCAAGUUAUUCAAGCAUUGAUAGAACUUGUUAACGAUCCCGAGCCAGAACAUCCUCUACGGGCAGAUCUAGCAGAGGAAUUUCUGAAAGAUAGGAAAAAAUUUACCAAGAACGCCGAAGAACACACCAGGAAGCACAGCGAAAAGCGACCGGAAUAAAGGG